AAUAAAAACAAAUUGUUUUCAUCAUACUUUAUAUGGCUAAUGGCUAUUUUAAUGUUUUUGAAGUGUGGAUGUUCUUGAGAGUGGAAUCUCAAUUUUUGACACUGGACCUGGAAUGGACAACAGUGAUGAAAACUCUAUUGUGAAGUGGGGAAAGAUGGGUGCCUCGCUAAACAGGUUAUAUAAACAACAGGCAAUAGGGUGCAAGCCACCAUUCUUAGUGCCCUUUUUUGGCAUGUUUGGAUAUGGAGGACCUAUUGCAUCUAUGAAUCUAGGGAGCUGUGUUGAAGUCUCUUCCAAGACAAAACAAUCCAAGAAAGUUUACAAGUUACGUCUUGCACGAGAGGCUUUACUUGGCAAUUCUGGCUCUGAAUGUAGUUGGAGUACUGAUGGAGGCAUUAGGGAUCCUCUUGAUGAAGAAAUCAAGGAGUCACCCCAUGGGAGCUUUACAAAGGUGGUGAUAUUAAAUCCUGUAGUGAGAAACUUGGACAUAUCUAAGCUCCAAUGUAAGCUGAAAGACAUAUACUUCCCAUAUAUUCAGUGUGAUGAGUUGUCCAAGGUUGGCAGGACUAUUACACCUGUUGAGUUCCAGGUUAAUGGUCUUGAUUUAACUGAAAUUCAAGGCGGUGAAAUUGCAACCACCAACUUGCAUUCUUGCAAUGGUCCUGAGUUUACUCUAUUAAUGCGCUUUUCCCUUAAGAAGGAGAAAAUUUCAACCAAUGCUUCAGGUUCAAAGGCUCCUCAAAUAGCAAAUGCACGCCUCAAAUGUAUUUAUUUUCCUAUUCGUCAGGGGAAGGAGAAUAUUGAGAGGAUUUUGGAGAGUUUGGAUACUGAAGGAUGUGGAGUUGGAGAAAACUUUGAGAAUUAUAGUCGUGUCUCAAUUCGUCGACUUGGUCGUCUACUUCCAGAUGCUCGUUGGGCAAUACUUCCUUUUAUGGAUUUCAGGCAGAGAAAGGGAGAUCAGUCUCACUUGUUGAAACGAUGUUGCUUGAGAGUUAAAUGCUUUGUUGAGACUGAUGCUGGAUUUAAUCCAAUGCCUUCAAAAACUGAUUUGGCACACCAUAGUCCUUUCUCCAUUGCUCUAAGGAACUUUGGCAAUAGGCCUCAGGACAAAGAAAAAGAUGUUGAUAUUGAAAUUCAUAGAGAUGGAAAACAGUUAACACCUUUGCAACUGGAAAGGGAGUACCGGGAAUGGCUUCUUCUAAUGCAUCAUAGGUAUGAUGAAGAAAUCGACUCUGGUGAGGAUCCGCCUGUUCUUAUUGUCAAUCCCUUGAACAAGAAGGCACUAGGAAUAUCAUCUGACGUUAUAAGGGUUCAUCAAGCUCUAAAGAGAAAGGAAUUAUUGUGGAAAAGUGGCCAGAAAAUCAAAGUUCUCAAGGGUGCAUAUGCAGGGUGUUAUAAGAACAACGUCUAUGCUAUAAUAGAAUAUUUCUUGAUUGAAGGAUUUGAGGGGGAUUCUGGUGGAGAAGCUCGGAUUAUAUGCAGGCCACUAGGUACAGAAAAUGGUUGUGAACUUUCUGUAAAGGGUGGAACACCCAGUUUAAAUAUUCAGGAUUCAUUGUCUCUUCCAAUUAGCGUGAUUGAUUCGGGAAAGUGCAUAGCCAUUAAUGAUUCUGAUUGGGAGCGUCAACUUGAGAAACACAACCAGAAGACUCCCUCAAGAAUUGAUCUGCUCAAUGUGAAACAAUGUCAUUGGUUGGAGAUCGAUGGGGCUUUUCCAACCAGUCUAACGAUACCUGCUGGACAAACCCCUCCAGAGGACAUUGUUGCUGUUUUUCGCCCGAGUAGUUUCGAGGUUUCUAAGGUUUCAAAUUACUUGGAUCAGAAGGACAUUGUGAAGACUAAUUUAGAUAUGUUAAUGAAAGUGCAAUAUAGAACUGAGAACCAUCGAGAUGCUAAACAUAUUAACUCGCUUCGCAUAGCACCUUCAUCUUUCAAAGGGUUUCAUGGCUUAUAUAAAUUUCCACUUGGGGUUAAGCUCCCUCACUUGUUUCAGAAAGCAGGUGCAUAUACAUUUUCAUUCUCCACUGAACAUUCUCGUUGUCAGAAUUACAAUUUAACAAUAACGGUGGUUCCUUCAGAAAAGGUUGGAAGGUGGCAGCUACUGGGUGAUACACGGUUUCCAUCUUAUAGUGUAAGGGUCGGUUCAUGUUUUCCACCCCUCUCUAUUGCAUGCUAUGACAUAUAUGACAACCGAAUGUCAUUUACCUCCAUUCCUAACUUAAAGAUCACUCUCGGUAUGAAUGAAUAUUUGAGUGUUGAUGUGGUCAAGAUGAAGCCUUCCCUUUCGUCUGAUAAGUUGGCCAUUGUUAUCGAGGAUGUCAUGGUUGAAACUAAUGGGUUAGACUCAAUCCGGCCAAAUUAUGCAGCCACCUUGAUGAUAUAUAUUCAAGAUGAGUCGACAUCAAUUCCUUUGGAAUGUCAAGUUACUCCUGGAGCUUUACACCGUAUCGAAGUCAGUUCACGACUUCCUGGAAAGCAAUUACUCCCAGGUUUUAUACUUGAGCAAUUUGUGCUAGAGAUGUUCGAUGUUUAUGGAAAUCAUGUUGAAGAAGGAUUAGAAGUUCAAUUCCAAUUGGAUGGUUUUAGCAUCCCAGGUCUAAUAGGCUCAAAGCAUAAGGUGGAUAACCUUGGACGUAUUGACCUUGGGGGCCUACUGAAAGUAACUGCAGGUUAUGGAAAACAAGUGUCUCUAUCUAUUUUACAUGGUGAUAAAGUAACUUUCAAGCAAGCAUUUCAAACCGAGAAAAGGGAGCUACGAAUAUCAAGUAUACCUGAGCACUGCCUUGCUGGUUCUACACUGGAAAAUAUAAGUUUUGAAGUUAUAGACUCGAAGGGGGAUGUUGAUGGAACUUUCCAUGAUGAUGAAAAGUGUGGCCGGUUCCAUACACUCGUAGUUAAGUCGGAAUCACAUCAAAUAGAUGAUUCCAUUCGCUAUGCAUUCAAGCAUGGCCGCUGCAACAUAGCUUCUUUACCCCUUCCUCAAAUUGAAGGGCCCCUUUGCUUCAAAGCUUUUCAUUCUCGAUACACUGAGCUCUAUUGCGAUGUUGAGAUUUCUCUUGUUCAUGCUCCAAAUGUUGACACCGAUGAGAAUGAGGUCCAGUCUUCAGAUGGAAAGCUGAUGCUCCUGCAGAAUUCACCGUUUUUCAAGAAUGGCAAUGUAGGAAACCUACUGGCCCUAGUGAAAUAUGACGAGGGACUAAAGAGUGAAUUAUGCAAACAUGGUGAGCGUGUUGGAAAAUUGGAAAAUUGUCUGAAGACUCUUAAUUGCUGGAAGACGGACAUCGAGCUCUAUAUGUCUGAGUUGCAAGAUUCUCUGGAACCUGAUUUAGUGAACGAUCUGGACUGUUUGUCCACGAAAGAAGAAAUAACAAAGCUAAUCGAGGGAAGAGGUCAUUCUGCAGCUUCUACUCUUCUCUGCAGUAUUGCUCAAGGACAUUGGAUGGAUGUCAUGCAAGAUGUAGUAGGUGUUGUAGCCCUACUCGGAACAGCUGGCUCCAUUAAGCUAAGCAGGAUUUUAGCUGAGUACUUGGGUGAAGAUCAAAUGGUUGCUGUUGUGUGCAAAUCCUAUGAAGUAGCACGUGCCCUCGAGCAGUAUGACCAUAACGGAGAAGUUGAUUCUCGGCUUGGUCUGCACGCAGAAGCUACUGCACUUAGUAAAUCUAUAAGUGGCAGAUUUCUUGUAGUAUGCCUUGAAGAUAUAAGGCCUUAUCUAGGAGGGGUUGAAGUCAAUGACCCUCAAAGGAAGCUAAUCUUACCGGCUCCUCGGUUACUAAGUGGAAACUACCCUCCAGGUUUUAUUGGCUAUGCGGUUAAUUUGGUUAACUUAGAGCACCCUCAUAUAGAUUACAGGACCGAAUCUGGCCACGGUCUGCGUGAGACUCUGUUCUACAGACUGUUCAGCAAGGUUCAAGUGUAUGAAACAAGAGAAGAGAUGGAAAAUGCUCGUAAUUGCAUAACACAUGGCGCUGUGUCUCUGGACGGAGGGAUUCUGAGAAAGAAUGGCAUUCUAUCUCUCGGAUUCAGGAACCCCGAAAUAUAUUUCCCUGUUCAGAUCACGAACGUCUCUCCAGAAAGAAAGAAAAUCAUGGAACAAAUCAAGGAAAAACAAUUGGAGCUAAGAACAACUUUGCAAGGCAUCAAUGUAGCAAGCGAAAAACUUGAUCGAGCUCGCCAUAAGUUCAACAGGAAACAAAAGCAAUUUCAGAAGUACUUGGAUAACAUCGAUGAUGCAAUCAACGAUACCGUAACUCCGAGUACAACCCCAUCGCAAUGCACCCAACGGCUCGGAACUCCCUCCAAGGUGAUUAUAUAAAUCCUAAAACAUGUUUUUAAGUUCAUAUACAGAUUUUUCUUUUGGUAAGUUCUAAAUUCAUAUAUGGUUUUAGCUAUAUGGUAAUUUCACAACAGCUGAAACAUUAUAAAAGAUCAUAGGAGCUUUUGCAUUAUCUUUGCAGUGCCCACAUUUUGACUUUUUAACCUUUUUUUUUAAAUCUUCUUUAUUUGCUUUUUAGUAUCAAAAAUGGAUUUUUUAUCAUAUUAAAUAAAUGGAGCUUUAUUAGUUGUA